AUGGCUUUACGGCCUUUCACAAACGAGCAGCUGAAUUAUUUCAAAUUUGCCUCCAUUGUACUCAAUGAGUUCGCCAUUGCUUUGCGUCAGACGUUCAAAUCCAUGUGGGACAACAUAUUUGGACAUCAUCCCGGGUAUCAACUGUGGGAUGACUCCAUGGUAGUAAGAAAUUUGUUUCUCGCUGAAGAAGGUGGAAAAACCAAAGUUCCUACACAAAUCUCCUAUGAAGAAUGGGAUUGUACCGCCCUGCUUCAGGCUACCAUCUAUGCAAGGUCCUUCGCUAUGCCAGAUAGCAAAGGUAAUUUGAAGACACUUGGUGAACUGUACGUAAAGCACCAUAAAGUAUCUCUUGGAAAAUUCCAUCCAUCUGUUGUGAGUUCAAGUGGAAAUACAGCGGAAACGUUUGCUCUCGCGAUUGAUCAGCUUCGACUUUUACGAAACUGGCUUUGUCACUCAGACAAGUCAGAGAUUGAUAAACCAACCUUUGACCAAUUCGUGCAGCUCGCUAAAGAAGCAUUCAAAGCUCUUCGUAUCGUGACAGAUCCGAUUGAUGUCAUCGGUGGAUUUACAGAGUCUGACUUUCCCACGAAAGAAGUUCGAAAAUUGGAGGAAAGUCUUAGACAGGAGACCAAAUCAUAUAUCGAGUGUCUCGAAGAAGUGAGAUCAGAUUUCGACAAAUUAGUAGCACAGGGGAAUGCUAUAGAGGAAAAAGUCGAUGACCUCGCUUUGAAACUUAACAUGCAUCAAGAUCAAACAGAUUCAAAGCCAUUCCUUCCACCAUCAAACCUUCCUUCAAAGGUUCCACACUUCGUUGGCCGUCGGAAAGAGUGUGAAGACAUCAGCCGUCAUUUAAUUCCCACAAGUUCCCGGAUCGUGUCGAUAUGGGGCUCGCCUGGUUUUGGUAAAACUUCUGUGGCAACUGAAGUUGGACAUCAACUCCAAACUGGGGGACUUCCUGUAUACUUCUUCUCGAUGCGAGGGCUUCUUUCAAAAGCAGAUCUGACCACGAAGCUUCUGAGCUUCUUUAGAAGACACUCCACAAGAGAUCAAAUGCCCCAGCGGAUGUCCAUAAAAGAUGAACUUUCCCUCUUUCUAGGCGAAAUUUCAGAUGACUUUGUGAUGAUUCUUGACAAUGCCGAUGAAUUACUCGAAAGUGGAGCACCGAAUGUGAAGGAGGAUUUCAUAAACCUUCUGGAAGACAUUCUUAGUCAAUUCAAAAAUUUAACAUUUCUUCUUACCACAAGGGAAUCUCUUGAAUAUAUAAAUGUGCAUUUUGAAGGCCAUCAAGCAGUAAGAAUAGGGCCAUUACACGUGUCUUUCGCUCAAACGUUAGUCGGCGGACUACUUCCAGAAGCAACAGCGUCUGACUGUUCGAAAAUUUCGAAAAUCUGCGGGUUCGUACCUUUGGCCAUGAAACUGUUGUGUUCCUCCUUUACUGAAGAUAAUGCUCAGCUAAGUCAGUUUUUAGAUGGCUUCGAGGAAUUUAUAGAAAGUAACAUUUCUCAGCUGUUGGACAAUCCAGAUUAUCCAAGCAAUCUGCGAUUGAAGCUCCUAUUUGAAUCCUCUUUUCAGAGACUCUCUCUAUCAGAGAAAGAAGCGCUGGUAUCACUUAGUGUUCUUUCUGGAGAUUUUAACCACUCGGCUGCUACAGCUGUCAUGGGUGUAAAACCAACUCUGGAGGCCAGAAAAAUCUUGCAAAGGCUUCGGAGAAAAUCGUUCCUCGACUCUUGCUCCAAACCUGAGUCAUUUUCCAUGCAUAAGUUGAUUCUGUCGUUUGUAAGGGAAAGAGGUCAAGAUGAAAUGAAAGAGGUCAUGCUGAACUCCAAAGCACGUUUGUCUGCAUUUUACAUCUCUCUUUUCGAGCAGCUAAAUCAACAGUUUUUGACAGGACAAUCCAUGAAAGCAUUUAUUGAUUUCUAUGAAGAGAAGCAGAAUAUUGUUCAAAGUCUUAUGGAGAGCUGUUCCGAUCCUAAGACAUGUGACGUUGCAUUUGGUGUCCUGACAAAAGCAGAAUUUUUUCUAGACUCCCUUUUCUGGUGCGAGGGAAAAAUCAUCGACAAAAUUUACGAUCACGCAACCAAAGAAGCUCAGAAGUUUAAAAAGGGCGCGUUCUACAGUCAGUUGCUGGUGUCCUUAGCAUUCACCGAAGUGACUUGGGGGAUAAAUGGAAGAUCGAUGACGCUGCUCUCUAAAGCCGAAGGCCCUUCUUUGUCGGUAGAUGAUAAAAUAAAAAUCCUGUGUUAUGGAGGCAUCUGUCAACUGGUUUCAGGCAAAGUAGACGACGGAGCUCAGAAGUUGCAAGAAGCUCUUUGCUUGAUGAGUGACAGCCCGGAACAGCGAAUUCUCAGCGUAACUGCACUGCAAAUUCUUGUUACUUACUUUCUUUUCAAUAAAAAGAAAGCAACUUCACUAGAGUUUUACACGAAAGCUUUACAUGAAUGCAGAGCAUUAGGAGACACAAGUCUUCUUGUUAUUCCUCCGGUGAAUAACAAAGAUUUGACAAUGAUCGAAGCAGAUAUGCCAGAACCAGAUGUUAUAACCACUCAACCACUUAGAUUAGAAACUAUUUGCGUUGUUAGCAAAGCAACAGAAAUGUUCUCUGAUUACGAAACAAAGCAAGCAGUAAGCAGAUCUGUGCUAAGGAUGUCAAAUCAAACAAAAACACAGAUCAUCCCACAUUCCGUUGGUUCACGGACCUUCCAGCGCAACAUCAAUUCGACACUUAAAAAUGUACUGAAUAACCCCGAGGAGGCAUCAAAGUUGUGCGACACACGGAUCAGUUAUCAUAAAAAGACCUUAAAACAAAGUGAAAAAGUUAACGCAGGAGAUAGAGCUAGACCCAACAAAAAUCUUGAUUUAAACUUGCAUCAAGAAGAAUUAUUUAAAAGCUAUCUGGACCAAGGCCACACUCUUCUUCAGGUGCAAAACUAUCCUAAAGCCAUUCAGUCCUUUGAAUAUCGUGCUCUUGACAUAAGAGUUAAACUCUUCGGGGAAGAACACCCAGACACAGCCGAAAGUUACUUUUCUAUCGGAGUAACACAACAUGCUUUAGGAAAUUUCUCGUCAGCACUUCAGUCCGAUCAGCGUGCUCUUGACAUAAGAGUUAAACUCUUCGGCGAAGAACACCCAGACACAGCCGAAAGUUACUUUUCUAUCGGAGUAACACAACAUGCUUUAGGAAAUUUCUCGUCAGCACUUCAGUCCCAUCAGCGUGCUCUUGACAUAAGAGUUAAACUCCUCGGCGAUGAACACCCAGACACAGCCAAAAGUUACUUUUCUAUCGGAGUAACACAACAUGCUUUAGGAAAUUUCUCGUCCGCACUUCAGUCCCAUCAGCGUGCUCUUGGCAUAAGAGUUAAACUCUUUGACGAAGAACACCCAGACACAGCCAAAAGUUACUCUUCUAUCGGAGAAACACAACAUGCUUUAAGAAAUUUCUCAUCAUCACUUCAGUCCCAUCAGCGUGUUCAUUAUCGCCACUGUGUGUUUGUCGACGAAUCCGGUUACAACGUUUGGACGGCCAGAAGUCACGGUAAAGCGCAGUAG